AUGGUCUGCAGGGCUGCAGCCGCGCAGAGCCGCUCCCCAGGCGCAGGUGUGCGCUGCCGCGGCCGCAGGGCAGUCAGCAGCAGCGCCCCCCAGCCCGGCGGCCGCGGGCCCGGGGCGGGAAGCUGCGCACGGAGCGGCGGGUGGGAAGCGCCGAGGCGGCGCCGCGGGGUGCGGGUGGCCGUUGGCCGGAGCUCGAUAGAAGGAAGGCGGCCCCUGGGGCCCGGCCCCGCGGUUCAGGCAGGGCGGCACGGCUCGGCGCCUGGCCGCCGGCUCCUCUCAGCUGGCAGCGCCGAGACCAUGCCGCCGGCGAAGCGAGAUGGGCAGGCCCCGGUGCGGCCGCCGCCCGCCGCCAAGGUGGACUGGAGUGGGGGCGUGGGCAGACACAGCUACUGCAACCCCUGCGACAUGUUCUGUCCUCACCCAGUUGCUGCUCUGUCUCACUGCUUUGGAAAGAUCCACAGUAAAAAGGUGAAGCAGUCGUCAGGAGACCAAGGCCACCUGCCAGCACAGCCUGCUUUACAGAAGCCUGAAACCCCCCUGCUGCCUUCAACAGCUGAAGAGUCUUCAUCAUCCUCCAAUACACUGUUGCCGUUUAAAGAUUCAGACAAGUACUGCAAGCUCUGCUGUGCUCCCCUGGCCGAUCCGUUUGUGGCCCAGGCCCACUAUGGUGGUAAGAGACACAGGAAAAACGAAGCACGGAGGAAGAUCCUGGAGGAGCUGGGGGAGGAAGCUGUCCCUGCAGAACUCAGGAUGAAUGUAUUUGGGCUUGGUUACUACUCGUGCCAGGUGUGCAAUGUCACAGUUACAACCAUAGAAACAUUCCUGUCCCAUGUGCGAGGCAGUAAGCACCAAAUUAAUCUCUGCAGAAAGGCAGUGCUUGGCAGCCAGCAGCCAGCAGCUUGUGAGCAAACAGGAGGAGAGACUCCUAACAGGCAUGGUGACAAGGGAUACUCAGAAGAGAAGCAGGUGUCUGAGGUGGCCACUGUCAGACAGGAGAGCUUCAACCUACCCAUUUCGGAGUCUAAAGAUGGCUUCAAGCUUCUGUUUGCUGAUGCUCCUACCAGCUUCUGCAGGGUGGAAGAGAAAAUCCAGAUAAAAAUUGAGAAGGAAAACUAACCUCAGCAAAAAGGUGGAGUGUUGGAAAGAAACCACAAAGCAAACAAGAAAGAAAAAUGGUGAAGGUGCAGAUUUUGGGAAAGAGAAUGAGAAACAAAAGAGAAUUAAAUCUGAGAUAGACUUGGGAAAUGAGAAGAACUCAAGGCCUCAUAGAGGCAAGACCUAAAGGAAACCUCACUGAGAAAGAGGGCAGAAAGGGUAAAAAGCAGCCACAAACAGAUGGCAAGAGAGCUACUUUGGGAUGGGUCUGACUUGGGCUAGUGUAAAGGUUUUAUUUAGCUUUAAGAAGUUGGUUCUGUUUGUAAGCUCAGUUGGUGAUUUUGUGCUGUACUGUGACUCCCUGUUCAGUCUGUAAGGGAGGAGGAGCCUCUGAAGUUUGGGGGCAGUGGGUUCGGGAGCAGUUGGUCAGCACUUCACACACGGAGCAGCCAGGGCAGUGCUAGGAGUCUACUCUCUGUUGGAAUACAGAGCAAGUAACAGUCAUUAGGUUAGAGAAUGCUGCUGGAGCCUCCCCAAAGGUGUUUAUUCCUCCGGGGGAGGCUUCUGUCCUAGGAAAGUCCACAGCCAGUGUGGUGCUCCCCACCUUGUCUGUGUUCUCCUCUCUGGCAGAUUUAAAAGGAGACUGUUUGCAGAUCUUCUCUGGGGAUUGGUUGGGUUGGGAUUGGGGUUUUGUCACAGUUCUGAGUGGAAAGUGAAUCUGUUAAGGGUGGAAAUGGUUGUCAGCUAUGUUGGCUGACAGAUUUUUCUCUUUGUUAUCCUGGUUUUCAGUUUAGUUCAGGAAACAGCAAAGGUGCACUCUGCCAAGCUAAUUGCUGACAGGAGGCUAUGUCCUGCUUCAGCCACUCCAAGUAAUGUACAGAAGGAAAGUUAGAAUGGAGCUGGGUUUGGUAGCCAAAACAUACCUGGGAAAAUCAAUAAAAGCUUUGUGUUUCCACUUCAAA